AUGGCAAAAGAGACAACACAGCCCAAAAAGGACAUUAUUAAUUGUAACGAUAAUAAAAAUACACACCUUUCAAAAGACACAACAACACCCUUUACUUCUACUUCAACAAAUGCGAUUGAUAACAAGAAUAAAGAUAAAAUCCCUUUACAAAACAACACUUCCUCAUUAACUUAUAAUAUGCUGCCACGUAAUAAUACACUAAUAUCAAGUGAAUCUUCAGAGAGUUCAGAGGAUGAAGAAUAUGUGACACCAUCAAAAGAACCAUAUGAAAAUAAAUAUAUUAAACUUACAACAAUUGAUGCAUUAGAUUUCUUGUCAACUGCUGAUGAAAUUAAUACAACAAAUUCGGACGCUAUUAUAAGUAUCAUUCGCAAAGCUACAAAUUUAACCUUUAUAUUCUGUAUAGUUUCUUCAGCACUUGCUGCCUUUAUUUCAAGAUUAGAAAGCAAUUUAGGUUUUUGGUUCUUUUAUCUUUCUUUGACCAAAUUCUAUUCUUUAUGUACCUUGCUUUGGGUUCAUUACCUUUAUAGAUUAAAUUCGGAAUCAUUAUCACUUAAGGACACAAUCAAUGUUGCCAAAAAGGUUGCAAUGGGAAUUUCUAUCAGUCAAAUAAUGUAUCAGCUUUUAACAAAUAGUGUUGAAAUUUACAAGAAUCCUUUGAUAUAUGCGAGUUCUGCCAUUGGGUUUCCUUUUUUUGUACUUUUUGAGGAGAUUCUUAUCGCUUAUCAAAAAGAGAAUUCGAUUAAACGGGCAUUGUUAAAAGAAGAACGAACAAAUUCGCAAAUAUCAGUUUACAAAGCAAUCGAUCGUUUUGGUGAAAGAAAAGGAUUAUAUCUUCGCACUAUUUCUAAUCAAUUGCGACAAACCACUGACCUGGCAGUAGAUACUUUAAAGCAGUUAACUCCAUCUCAUUUCCUUUCAAAACCUCAUGAACAAUUAUCAGCUUGUUCGAUCUCAUUCCCCACUGCUUCUAUAAAUGCUAUUCACAAUAUUUUAAAGGAUAUAAAUUAUAUUUCUACCCAUUUAGGAACUUUAUCAUUAUUAUUAUUUUCAGAACAAGAUAAUCAAGGAAUUUCUCAUGUUAAACGAGAAUUUGACAUUGGUGAAAUCAUACAGCAAGUUGGUGAUGUUCUUGCCGGUGAUGCAUGUAAUGCCAAAGUUGAAUUGGUUAUUUAUCAUGUGGAGUAUGGUUUAAAUCAUUUAAAUGUCAUUGGCGACGAGGCUGCUUUCAAGCAUGCUCUAUUGGACCUUCUUAAAUGUAUAAUUGAUGGUGCUAAUCCUGGAGAUUGUAUAGAAUUAGGAUUACAAAUACGUUUAUCGAAUGGAUUGGAAUCUCAUGGUUCAGAAAAAGAACGUAAAAUUAAUCCAUAUGAUAAAGUCAGUUGUACAAUAGAAAUCAUUCACAAUGCAGGAAAUACUGGAUCAAAAGAGUCUAAGCGCAACAAUAUAUUUCCUAAUGCAAAUUUGACUCAUAAAAUUUUAAGUUUCUUGGGUGCUGAGCUGAGGGUGGGAGAAGGACUCGAAAUCAUCAUCGAGUUAGAGGCAGGAUCACCCCUCGCACCACCUAAUGUACCCAAAGUAAAUGAAGAAAGUCUUCGACGAUAUCCUCAUUUACGAAUAACUGGAGAGCCUUCUGUUGAAGAACUUAUCAAAACUUCACAGAGUAUGAAGGAACAAAGAGUUGCUUUGCAUGCUACGAGCAAAAGUUAUUUUGCUAAACAUAUUACUAGCUGUUUGACUACUUGGAGUACUGAUAUUUCGCAUGUACCUAUAGGUGGAGAAGAAGAAUUCGAAACGCCUCGUUCAGAAACGCCUUCUCCUUUAGAAACUGAUACUGAUACUGUACUUGGUGAUUCAGAUGUAGCAUCAGAAGAACAAAAAAAUAGUGAUUUGCCACCUACUUUUAUAAUAAUUGAUGAUGAUAUUGAUACGCUUAAACAACAACUUACUCAUAUAAGAAAAGUACCAUUCCAAUUAAAUGCAAUGACAAAUCUUGCAAAACGACAGGGUCAGCCACCUAAUUCAUCAUCACGAACUACUGCUAUAAUACAUUUCACUUCACUUUCAAACUAUAAGUCAGUAAAGGAUGUUCUUCAAUACAUUAUUUCACCAGCAACAAGUCCUUUUAAUUUGCCGCAAGUUUUAGUAAUUCCUAAACCAGCUGGUCCGAGGCGCUUUUUAACUGCGCUUCACACAACCAUUAAUAGAAUAGUGGUUGAUCCUGUUUUUAUGCCUAUAGCAACAUCUCCUAUGAGUCCAGGUCAACAAUUGAGCGGGUUUAUUAAUGGUACAGAGGCAAAUCCUAUGGAAAAUGUAAUUAGGGACACUAAGAUUACAGAAUCUCCCGGAAAUUACUUCCCUUCAGAUGCUGCCAGUAUGUGUCAAAAUGACACAUCUUCACCAAACACGAAUAUUACAAAUAGUCCACUUAGUCCAAGACCUAGUGGUAGCGGUAGCCUAUUAGUUAUUCCACCAAAGAGUAUAUCAAAUCCUCAAAAAAAUGUGAUUAAAAUAGUAGGUUCAACCUCUCCUGGAAGAAAUGGACCUUUUCAGAGUACUGGACCUUUAUCUCCAACACCAAUUGGAGUAAGAGGUACUGGAAGUCCAUCCAAUGCUGGUAGUCCUGCAGCUAAUUCCAACUGUAAUCCAAUACAACCGGUUUCAUCACCCCCUCCACCAUCUCCUUCAUUACAAAAUCAACCUUCCGCACAAUCACCUCGUAGACCAAAAAAACCAAAAAAGAAGACCAACACCGAUACUGUAAUACCACCAGUUAAUGUCUUGAUAGUUGAAGAUAAUCCCAUUAAUCAAGCAAUUUUGUCAACUUUCAUGAAGAAAAAGAAGAUUAAAUAUGAGUGCGCAUCUAAUGGACAAGAAGCCGUAGACAAAUGGCAAAAGGGAGGAUUUCAUUUAGUUCUGAUGGAUAUUCAACUGCCUGUAAUGGAUGGAAUAGAAGCCACUAAAAAGAUAAGAGGUUUAGAAAAAUCACAGAAAAUAGGAGUUUUCCCUUCAACGCCUCCUUCUGCUUCAUCUACACCUGUUUCUACACCUAUGAAACAAACCCCUCCUUCCACACCAGACUUAGGUUUAAUACCUGUUAUUAUCGUAGCACUCACCGCUUCUUCGCUACCUUCCGACAGGACGAAUGCAUUGGCAGCAGGUUGUAAUGAUUUUCUAACUAAACCAGUUAGUUUGGUAUGGUUGGAAAGAAAGAUUCAAGAAUGGGGAUGUAUGCAGGCAUUAAUUGAUUUUGAUGGUUGGAAAAGAUGGAAGAGAGAUGGUGAAGAAGCAUUGAGAGAGAAAAGAAUCGAGUCGACAACUAUUGUUGGUCCUGGCGGAAAUAAGUUUAAUAUUCUCAACUCUGGGGGGAGUAAUGUCAAGUUAUCUAAAAGUUUGAAACUGAAACAAAAACAAAACUCACAAGUUAGAAAUAAUCUCGCGAGUGAGAAUAAUGAUAGUGAUAAUAAGACUAAGUCUACUAUUACAACCACGACUUCAAGAUCGAAAUUAGUGAUAGAAGAGUCAUCAUCAAAUUUUCUUGAUUCGACCAAGGAUAAUAAAAUUAAUACUUUACCGUCAACAACUUCUCCACCUCCAAGUGGAGAUGUCAACAAUUCACCUGCAGGCAUGGUGACAUCACCUCCACCAAUAGUUGUUAAACCUAGUACCCCUCAAUAUAAUAGGGAAUCCAAUAAAACUAGUAAUAUUAGUCCAAUAUCUACGAACAACAUGAAAAAUAAUUUAAUAAGCAAUAAUUCAUUAACAAUCACAACAAACACUUCAACCCCAUCCAUGACUAAUACCACAAAUGAAACAUCUUCACAACCUUCAACUCCAUUAUCAACAUCAGAUCCUCAAAAAACAGGAAGAAAGAGAGGAAACACUGUCUCUUCGAUAAAUGGUGUGAAUCUAAGUGUUGGUGAUCAAAAUGGUAAUAGUCUCAUGUAA